AUGCAUGGAAUAACAGAGGUGACAGAAGAAUUCUAUGGCAGUUUGUCCUCUAAAAAGCCUUUUAACUGUCUUGAGGAACUUAGAUUUGAAGAUAUGCCGGAGUGGAAGCAAUGGCACUUACUAGGAAGUGGAGAGUUCCCUGCACUUGAGGAGCUUAUAAUUAAAAAUUGCCCUGAGCUCAGUUUGGAGACACCCAUCCAACUUUCAAGUUUAAAAAGGUUUAAAGUUAGUGGUUCUCCAAAGCAUAUUGCCCACUACCUUGAAGAGAAUACAGAUAUAUAUGGUUGCAAGAAAUUGAAAUUGCCUCAAAUUCAGGCAAUGCCCUACUUUUCGCACCUCACUUCGCUUCAAAGUCUACAGAUCUGGUAUUUCCCUAAUCUCCAAUCACUUCCCGAAUCAGCACUGCCCUCCUCCCUCUCUCACCUGGAGAUCAGAAAUUGCCCUAAUCUCCAAUCUCUUCCAGUGAAAGGGAUGCCAUCUUCCCUCUCUCAGCUUGACCAUAGAUAA